GUCAGAGGAAAUCAAAGAACUAAUAACAUGCGAUUAAAUAUUGCAAUUAGUCAACGAAUGAAUUUUACAUUUUACUCUGUAGCCUGCUUGCUGCCUGCUCAAAUCUCCAAUCCUCUGUGGAGUCAAAGGAUUCUGAGAAUUUGCUGUCAAAAAAGAUCUUAACAAUGAAGAACUUAGACAAUUUGAUGAUGCUGGGUAUUAGUCUUCUGCUCUUCUUUCUCCAAUCUGCAGAAACAGCUGCAGCGUCGCCAACUGAUGAUCAACUCCAGCCUAAUAAGUCCGAGGAGAAACACUUUGUCCUAGUUCACGGUGCCUGUCAUGGAGCCUGGUCCUGGUACAAGGUUGUCGCGAUGCUUAGAUCUUCAGGUCACAACGUCACGCCUCUCGAUUUGGGUGCCUCUGGGAUCAACCCUCUGCAAGCGCUGCAAAUCCCACACCAAUCUGAUUAUUUCAGGCCAUUGAUGCUCUUCAUGGCUGCUCUUCCUCCCACUCAGAGACUCAUUCUCGUGGCUCACAGUCUCGGUGGUCUCGCCAUUUCUAAAGCAAUGGAAAUCUUCCCAGAAAAGAUUUCUGUUGCAGUUUUUGUCACAGCCAUCAUGCCUGGCCCAUCCCUCAACAUUUCCACCCUCACUUUAUUCAGGAGACAGGGUCCUCUCCUAGAUAGCAGAUAUAGUUAUGACAAUGGUCCCAAUAAUCCUCCUACCACCCUUAUACUAGGCCCCAAGUAUAUAGCAGAGUACAUGUAUCAGCUCAGCCCAGUGGAGGAUUUGGCACUGGCAACCACAUUACUGAGACCCAUAUAUCUGUACACUGAAGAGGAUAUGUCAAAAGAGGUAAUUUUGUCCCAGAAGAGGUAUGGGUGUGUAGACAGAGUGUACAUAAAAGCAGGUGAAGAUAAGAGUGGAAACAAAGAUGUUGAGCAGUGGAUGAUACAAAAGAAUCCUCCAAACGAAGUGAUAGAUAUUGCAGGGUGUGACCACAUGGUGAUGAUGUCUAGGCCUCUUCAGCUUUUCCUUCAUCUUCUCUCCAUUGCUCACACUUAUCAUUAAAACAUUAAACAGGGUCCGAUGAUAUGUUUGGUAUGUAUUAUGCGUACGUGUUCUCGUAGAGGCAAAUGAUUUGUACUCACUCUUAACAUUUGUCAAUUUAGCUAAUAAAUGUGUGGUAACAUCUAAAACAUUCCAAUUUUCAAAAAAA